UAUUAUUAAUAUAAGUGGGGAGUUGUCGUACUCAUUUAUUGCAAACAUCGUCUUCUUUUCCCCCUUGCUUUCCCCUUCUUCUCACUCACUGCUUAUAAUAAUUCUCUUUGCCUUCCUUUUCUCCUCAUCACCCCCUUUUCUCACUGCAAAUUAACAAUCUAGGGUUUCCCCUCUCUCUCUCUCUCUCAACCUUCACAUCCGCUAAAUCUUCAUCUUUUCUUGAUAUAUCAGUACUGUCUUUUUCUUUAAGUUCUUGAAAAAAAGCCAAAACAAGGGGAGAAAAGGCAUUCUCUCUCUACCUCUCUCCCCUGAUCAGAGAAUUAAUAACCUAGUCAUACAAAGAAAAGUAAAAGAUGGCUUCUUCCAGCUGCUACUCCAAUUCACCAUGUGCUGCCUGCAAGUUCUUGAGGAGAAAAUGCCUGCCGGACUGCGUGUUCGCGCCCUAUUUUCCUCCGGAAGAGCCCCAGAAAUUCGCGAAUGUUCACAAGAUAUUUGGAGCAAGCAAUGUGAGCAAACUCCUGAAUGAAGUCCUCCCACAUCAAAGAGAAGAUGCAGUGAACUCUCUUGCCUACGAAGCCGAGGCGCGGCUGAAGGAUCCGGUCUACGGGUGUGUUGGAGCAAUUUCUGUGCUCCAAAGACAAGUGGUUAGGCUUCAGAAAGAAUUGGAUGCCACAAAUGCUGAUUUGAUAAGGUAUGCUUGCAAUGAUUUUCAGGCAAAUAGCAAUAAUAAUAAUUCAGAAUAUGGAAGAUCAUCAAGGAAUUAUGGUUAUGGAGGAGGAGGAGGAGGAGGAGGAGCGGGAACUAGUAGUUUUGAUCAGAACUCUGGUUUGUAUUAUUAUUCUUCUUCUUCUCAAUGGACUAGUGAUGGAUAUGGAGACAAUGAUAUGGGAGAAGGUAGAAUGUAAGUUUCAUUUAAUUAAUUUGUAUCCUCUUUAUGUAUAUGUAUGUGCAAUGUUGUUAGGAUAGCCUGACAGGACAAGAGACCUUAAAUUAAUUAUUUUUAGGGUUUCUUCUAUGUAGCAUCAAAUGUUUGCUAUUGGGGAAUAGAUAUUGUCAUAUAUUUAUCAUGUAAUGAGACUGUCCUAAAGAGGGUGUA